AUGGUAUGUUUUCUUGCUCAAAUAAAGUAUAAAUAUAAUGUCUGUCCAGCAACUAACUGGAAGACAAAAGGGACUUGCCUAACCGUGACAGCGUUCGAUAAAUCAUCGUUCAAAGUUGGGGUCGCGCCUGAAACUCUACGUCGGACAAACCUAGGAUCUCUCAAAGCUGGGUCACCAGUCAACCUUGAACGAUCUGUGCUGGCCACGACACGGAUGGGCGGCCACUUUGUCCAGGGCCAUGUAGACACCACCGCAGAGCUCCUCUCUGUAACCCCCGAUGGCAACUCCCUAGUGCUUAGGAUGCAGCCCAAGGACAGAAGUUUGCUAAGAUAUGUUGUGGAGAAAGGAUUCAUUGCUCUGGACGGUGCCAGCUUAACAAUUACCAAGGUCAAAGAUGGUGAAGAUGGUUGGUGGGAAGUCAUGCUAAUUGCAUACACACAAGAAAAAAUUGUUACAUCAAAGAAGAAGCCUGGUGAUAGCAUUAAUGUCGAGAUCGAUCUGGUCGGCAAGUACGUCGAGAAGACUGUACAAGGCUACUUCGAGGGACAGACGAACGGAGAUUCAGCCGCUCUGGAAAAGAUGGUGGAUAGACUUGUUGAAAAGAAGCUCCAGAGCAUGGGGAAGGUUUGA